AUGAACAAAGCCGAAGUGGCCAAGCUGAUGUCACAGCUGAAGGUUGCUAUCCAGCCCCGUCAUCGCAACUUGAAAAACAUCGACGGACCGGAAGGGCGGCUCGACAAGCUUCGCAAAACCGUGACGGCGCUGAUCAAACACGAACGGAUCGAGCUGAACUACCAGCGAGCGGAUGAAGCGCGGGGCUACACCGAGCGGCUGAUCUCCGAUGCCAUCCGGUACGGGAAUUGCCACAAGCCGACGAUGGAAAUGGCCGACUAUUCGCUGACGGAGAAGCAGCUGGUGCACAAGCUAUUCAAGGUGCUGGCGCCCAGGUUCGAAGAGUACAAAGUGAAAAAAAAAAAAAAAAAAUCCGCCACGCGGAUGUACAAGGCACCGAAAGAAUAUCCCGGCUGGUAUCGGAAGCGCGUGGUACUGGAGCUGCGGGGGAAUCCGUAUCCUUCGCUGGUGCAGAAUUUGUACCAGAAUCGGAAUUUACUGCACAAUGUUUUGCUGGACGAGGCGCGCAAGGAUUUCCGCAAGGAAAAGUACGCGGAAAUUGCGACGCAGAUUGGCGGUACCGAGAUAUUCGUGCCUGCUCGGGAUGAACCGAGGAUGCGAUACACCUAG